GUGUACCACAGCCUACUUGGGCUGGAUGCGAGAUGAUGUGCGAGCGCGAUGACCGCGCGUCGCCGGCGCUGAGAAUUUCGCGAGAUUUGUCGAUGAACCAGGUGAGUCGCGCGCGAUUCAUGCACGCUCGUUUGAGAGAAGAAAGAUAGUUCAUUUUUCGCAUCGUUUAGCAUGGAGCCGGUGUGGCGUUCCGUCGGUCGAGCCUAAGUGGACAAUUUUUAGUUCGUUUUGUGUCACCGGUAAUAGCAGUCGUCGUCGUCAGUUCUAGUGCGCUGGCGCUGAGCUUGUUGUAACAGUCUCAUUCCAUGUUUUGGGCGGUGGAGUACUGUGUGUCCGUCUGACUGUCGCCUCACGCAAGGUACGUAGGUGUUGGAUGUUCCCACUCAGUCUCUCUCGCGUGCGCGGGAUUUGCUCUCGAGUUGGAUCCGUCUGUCCGUAGAUUGAAAAGACCUUCGCGCGACAGUCGUCGAGUUCGCGCGUUGAUAUUUAAUUGAAUGAAUUUUAAAAACUCCGCUUAGUUACGUCGGACUCGUGGAACAGUGAACAAGUGAUCUCUCUCCGGACUUGCCGUGGCAGCUCGCGCAGCUAGUGUAUAGUGUACCUAACAGCCUCCUACUAAGAAGAUUGAGGAAAAAGUGAUACUUACUUUUAUGGUGUUUUUUUGUGGUGCGACUGAAACGGAUUACCUCAUCAUAGCAAUCCGAGAAAAGUUGUGGGUGAAAAAGGCAAAUAACAGAGCAGGCAGAGAAUUAUUGAAAUUAAUCAACCAAUGCCUACUAUGCACGGCAUGUGAUGCAAAGUUCUCGGGCAUAAGUGUUUAAGUGAAUCUAAUAGGCCUGUAAAGCGAGCACAAGUGAUUGAAAAUUGAUUAUUCUCAUUAGCGUGAAAGUGUGUUCAAGAUGGGGAUAAAGAAGCGAGAUGAACGGGAUAAGUUGAAGAGUCAGAAUCUGAUUGACUCGGAAAAAUCUGUGCACUUCGUUACUGGCAGUACGGAGCAAGGUGUAACUGGGGUGGCUGCUGUAGCGGAUGUACAACAACAGCAAGGUUCUUCCACGAUGUAUAGCAGUAGCAGUACCAGCAGUACUAGCAGUAAAAUGCAAUCAGCUUCGUCCAGUUCGACCAGCAAAAGUGUAAUUGAACAUGUGGCUGCUAGUGGCGCACACGAUGUGUCGCAAAAAAUGAGUGAAUCGAAGUCUAGCACAAGUGGUAAAGAAUCGCAGCAGGGUCAAAAGUUUAGUGACUCGACCGGUCAGGUCGCCCAAAUCGGAUCGAAGCAAAUCGAAAAUAUAAUUCAAGAAAUAAAGUAUAUAGCCAGUGACACGGUUGACUCCACAAAGCGUAUUUCGACCGUUCAGAAAAUCAGUGACAGUUCCAAAUGUGACAAGGAAUUGCGCGAAGCCUUGACCAAUUUUGAUGAGGUAGCAAAAGCAACAAUAUCAGACAUUCAAGGAUCCACGAAAAGCCAUACCAGUGAAAAAAUGAGUGUGUCAAACGUACAAAAAAGCAUGUCCAGUAGCAAAAUGGUACAAAGUAGCAGUGCCAGUUCCACAGUUAGCAGCAGUGCCAUAAAGCAGUCGUCAAUGAGCAGUAGUGAGAAAAUGAUAAGUGAUCAAAGUUCUUCUAGUGCGCAUCAUGCAAGCAGUUCCGUAAUGAAGUCAAGUAAUGUAAGCUCAUCGAAGACACAAUCAUCGUCCACGUCCAAAUCGUUCCUGGAUUCCUCAACAUUCCUGUCAGAUAGUGCCGACGUACAAAAGUUAACGUCAGAUUCCAAUUUAAAAGACACAAAGCUGACCAUCGGAGGUCAGCUGCGGGACUUUGGAGGAGAUCAUUCCGUUUUACAACAGUCUAGCACUUUUCACGUCGAUGGUUCAGGUGGAAAGCGCUACGCAGACAGUCAAAGUUAUUCGAUGGCGGAGAAGAAUGCUCCGACAACAGAGGUUACGUAUGAUUCAGCUGGUAACAAAAUCACUAGCACGAAAUCAUCGUCAGCAUCUGCCCAAGGAUUUACGUCCUCAACAUUCCAAACUAGUGGUGGAACAUAUGCAGCACCCUCUGGUGGAAAUGUGGUUCAAAGCAGUUCUUCAGCCCACGAUACGAACCACGCUACGUCCAGCUCUUCCACGUACAUGUCUUCAUCGGCAGCCGAUCAGAGGGUCUCAUCGAGCUCCACAAAAUCAACCAGUACCCUUCAGAACAACAACCUGAAGAGUUCUGUCAUAGAUUCCACCUCUCUGGAGAACUACAAAAUCCAAGAUUCUAGUCCGCUUGUGGGUAGCAAUAUGUUGACUAAAGACGUUUCAGCGCAUACCAUCACAAGCCUGUCAUCUGCGCAUGAUUCCCUCGGGAACACGAUUCAGAGCACACAGCUUGCAACCGAAUCAACGCAGGACAGUUCCUCACACCAGAAGCAACACGCGGAAACGACCAAAACGUACGAAAGCUCUUCCCAUUUCGAGAAAAUGGACGAGAAAAGUAGUUCUCGUAAGAAGGUCACCGAUUAUUACGAACAGCGCGAAUCCAACGCCGCAAUCCUAAAGCGCAAGACCUACGACGAGAAGGUCAAGCGGUUGAGCCUGAUCGACCAGAAGAUCGUUCCCAAAGACGUGAUUAUCCAGGACAUUGAGGAUGACGUAACGAAUGUCACGAGAACAUCUUUCGAAGCGAAACUGUUUAAUCCGAAAACGAAACGUUGGGAGCUGGUCGACCAGAAGACCAUCCUUGAGAAGGACAUCACCGUGGCCAUUCCUGAGGAAAUCGUCCACGAACUGGAGGUCGAGCGACCCGAGCUGGCCAACAUCACCACAACGAUCCAGCUGACCAAGGUCUACGAUGCGAAAACUAAGCAAUGGACGACGGUAGACCAGAAAAAGCACACAGAUGUGCUGGAAAAAAUCAGUUACCUUGAAGAAAGCAGUGGUCGCACCGAGUUGAACGAGUCUGAGCGGAUUAAGAACCUUCAGUCUCGCGAUACAGUUGACAAAGUCAUCAUCAAAGAUCGCAGCGAUCUUAGCAAAUUGAAUCGGCAAACCGAGAAAGUCACCAAGGAGCAAUGCAUCUGUGAGAUCUGUACCUGUGGUCGCCACAAUUGCUUCAACUGCGGCAGCGGAACAACCCAAAAGACUUCAUCGUCAAAGUUUGCCACCGUCAGUACCACAGAAAACUUUUACCAGCAAGAAUCUUCACACCUCAAUGAGGAAAGCACGUAUGUUCGUCGCCGAACUUGGACAAAGGAAGACGCCGAUAAUUAUUUGAAUCGCGUAGAAUCCUCCUCCAUCGAACGAAGCAGCACCGAACAGAAUGUGUCCAAUCGUAGACUAACAUGGACUAAAGAGGACUUCGAGAACGUUGACAUUUCCAGACUGAAAGAAUCCACAAUAGUUGCUGAAAGGCAAAAGCCCAUUCGCCAUGAAGAUAACCUCAGACCAGAAGGGGACUUUGUGCGACCAGAGAAAACACAGUUUCAGCCUGCAGAGAGACCGAAGCAGAUUCGUCCUGAGGACAACUUACGCCCAGAAGGAGCGUUUGAGUCUCCCGAGAAGCCCAGAUAUCAGCCUGGUGAACGGCAGAAACCGAUUCGGCAUGGCGAUAAUUUGCGCCCUGAAGGAGACUUCGACCGGCCGGAGAAAACGCCAUUCCGACCGGCUGAGCGUCCGAAGCAAAUACGACCAGAGGACAAUCUAAGACCAGAAGGAUCAUUCGAAUCUCCUGACAAACCGAAGUAUCAGCCAGGUGAGAGACAGAAGCCAAUUCGUCAUGAUGACAACCUCAGACCAGAAGGGGACUUUGAGCGACCUGAGAAGAGUCCUUUCCGACCAGCUGAGCGACCUAAACAGGUUCGCCCAGAGGACAAUCUGAGAACGGAAGGGGCAUUUGAGUCACCGGAGAAACCAAGAUAUCAGCCAGGUGGAAGACCGAAACCAGUACGCCACGAUGAUAAUCUUCGUCCUGAGGGAGACUUUGAGCGUCCUGAGAAGAGUCCGUUCAGACCAGCCGAACGUCCAAAACAGGUUCGUCCGGAGGAUAACCUGAGACCAGAAGGAACAUUCGAAUCACCCGAAAAACCAAAAUAUCAGCCGGGUGAGAGACAGAAGCCCAUUCGGCACGACGAUAACCUUCGUCCUGAGGGAGACUUUGAGCGUCCUGAGACGAGUCCGUUCAGACCAGCCGAACGUCCGAAGCAGAUUCGUCCUGAAGAUAAUUUGAGACCGGAAGGAACAUUUGAGUCACCAGAGAAACAAAAAUACCAGCCAGGUGAAAGACCGAAACCUGUUCGCCAUGAUGAUAAUCUUCGUCCAGAGGGAGACUUUGAAAGACCUGAGAAGGCUCCUUUCCGACCUGCCGAGCGUCCUAAACAGGUUCGUCCGGAGGAUAACCUGAGACCAGAAGGAACGUUCGAAUCUCCAGAGAAACCAAAAUAUCAACCUGGCGAGAGACAGAAGCCUAUACGUCAUGAUGAUAAUCUUAGACCCGAAGGUGAUUUUGAACGCCCUGAGAAGUCUCCAUUCCGUCCGGCCGAACGUCCGAAACAGAUUCGUCCUGAAGACAACUUGAAACCAGAAGGAACUUUUGAGUCGCCUGAGAAGCCGAGAUAUCAACCAGGUGAAAGACCCAAACCUGUUCGUCAUGAUGAUAAUCUUCGCCCCGAAGGAGAUUUUGAACGACCUGAGAAAGCUCCAUUCCGACCUGCCGAGCGUCCUAAACAAGUUCGUCCAGAGGAUAACCUAAGACCUGAAGGAGCAUUCGAAUCUCCCGAGAAACCAAAAUAUCAACCCGGUGAGAGACAGAAGCCUAUCCGUCAUGACGAUAACCUUCGACCUGAGGGAGACUUUGAACGACCUGAAAAGAGUCCGUUCCGACCAGCCGAGCGGCCGAAACAGGUUCGUCCUGAAGACAAUUUGAGACCUGAAGGGACAUUCGAGUCACCCGAGAAACCAAGAUAUCAACCAGGUGAAAGACCAAAACCUGUUCGCCACGAUGACAAUCUUCGCCCUGAGGGAGACUUCGAACGUCCAGAGAAGACUCCGUUCCGACCUGCUGAACGUCCAAAACAAGUUCGCCCUGAAGACAACUUGAGACCAGAAGGAACAUUUGAAUCACCCGAGAAGCCAAGAUAUCAGCCUGGUGAAAGACAGAAGCCUAUACGUCACGAUGACAAUCUGAGACCAGAAGGUGAUUUUGAGCGUCCUGAAAGGGCCCCAUUCCAACCCGCAGAGCGUCCGAAACAAGUUCGUCCUGAGGAUAACUUAAGACCUGAAGGAGACUUUGAACGCCCCAAACCAACAGUUUUUCAACAUGCUGAGAGGUCCCAAGUUAUCAGACGAGAAGACAAUUUGUUCCUUGAAGGGACUUUCGAACGAACUGAAAAGACUAUUUACGUGGCCGGUGAGCGUCCGAAACCUAUCAAACAUGAUGAUAAUCUUCGACCAGAAGGGGACUUCGAACGUCCUGAAAAAAAUCGUUUUCAACCAGCUGAACGUUCCAAACAAGUUCGUCCGGAAGAUAAUUUAAGGCCAGAAGGGACAUUUGAGUCUCCAGAAAAACCAAGAUAUCAGCCGGGAGAAAGACAGAAGCCAAUUCGCCAUGAUGAUAACCUUCGUCCUGAAGGAGACUUUGAGCGCCCCGAGAAGACUCCAUUCCGUCCGGCUGAGCGUCCCAAACAAAUUCGCCCAGAGGACAAUCUGAGACCGGAAGGUACAUUCGAAUCACCCGAAAAACCAAAAUACCAACCUGGUGAGAGACAGAAGCCGAUUCGUCACGAUGAUAAUCUUCGCCCUGAAGGAGACUUCGAGCGUCCUGAGAAAACUCCAUUCCGGGCAGCUGAACGUCCGAAACAGGUUCGCCCUGAAGACAACUUGAGACCAGAGGGUACAUUUGAGUCUCCUGAAAAACCAAGAUAUCAACCAGGUGAAAGAUCGAAACCUGUACGUCAUGAUGAUAAUCUUCGCCCUGAAGGAGAUUUCGAACGUCCUGAGAGAGUCCCGUUCCGACCUGCAGAGCGUCCGAAACAAGUUCGCCCAGAGGAUAACCUAAGACCUGAAGGAGCAUUCGAAUCUCCUGAGAAGCCGAAAUAUCAACCCGGUGAGAGACAGAAGCCAAUUCGACAUGACGAUAACCUUCGUCCCGAAGGAGACUUCGAGCGACCCGAGAAGACUCCAUUCCGACCUGCAGAGCGUCCAAAGCAAGUACGUCCAGAAGACAAUCUGCGGCCAGAAGGAGAUUUUGAACGUCCUCAACCAACAGCUUUUCAUCAGGCUGAGCGAUCCCAGGUUAUCAGAAGAGAAGAUAAUCUGUUUCUCGAAGGAACAUUUGAAAGAACUGAAAAAACAGUUUAUGUGGCUGGUGAACGUCCAAAGCCCAUCCGUCAUGACGACAAUCUCAGACCUGAAGGAGGCUUCGAACGUCCUGAGAAGACACCAUUCCGACCAGCUGAGCGUCCGAAACAAAUUCGCCCAGAAGAUAAUUUGAGACCUGAAGGUACUUUUGAGUCCCCUGAGAAGCCGAAAUAUCAACCAGGUGAGAGACAGAAACCCAUUCGACACGACGAUAAUCUUCGUCCUGAGGGAGAUUUCGAGCGUCCUGAGAAGAGUCCAUUCCGACCAGCCGAACGUCCGAAGCAGAUUCGUCCUGAAGAUAAUUUGAGACCUGAAGGUACAUUUGAGUCACCGGAGAAACAAAAAUACCAGCCAGGUGAAAGACCGAAACCUGUUCGCCACGAUGAUAAUCUUCGCCCAGAGGGAAACUUUGAACGACCUGAGAAGGCUCCAUUCCGUCCUGCCGAGCGACCUAAACAGGUUCGCCCAGAGGAUAACCUAAGACCUGAAGGAACAUUCGAAUCCCCCGAGAAACCGAAGUAUCAACCCGGUGAAAGGCAGAAACCCAUUCGGCAUGAUGAUAACCUUCGCCCCGAGGGAGACUUUGAACGACCUGAGAAGACUCUAUUCCGACCUGCAGAGCGUCCAAAACAGGUUCGUCCUGAGGAUAACUUAAGACCAGAAGGCACAUUUGAAUCUCCCGAGAAACCGAAGUAUCAGCCGGGUGAGAGACAAAAGCCAAUUCGACACGAUGAUAAUCUUCGCCCUGAAGGAGACUUUGAGCGUCCCGAGAAGACUCCGUUCCGACCGGCUGAACGUCCGAAACAGGUUCGUCCGGAAGACAAUCUGAGACCUGAAGGGAUAUUUGAGUCACCAGAGAAGCCAAGAUAUCAGCCAGGUGAAAGACAGAAGCCUAUUCGUCAUGACGAUAACCUUCGCCCUGAGGGAGACUUUGAACGACCUGAGAAGACUCCAUUCCGACCUGCAGAGCGUCCAAAACAGGUUCGUCCUGAGGAUAACUUAAGACCAGAAGGCACGUUCGAAUCUCCCGAGAAACCGAAGUAUCAGCCGGGUGAGAGACAAAAGCCAAUUCGACACGAUGAUAAUCUUCGUCCUGAGGGAGACUUUGAGCGUCCCGAGAAGACUCCGUUCCGGCCGGCUGAACGUCCGAAACAAGUUCGUCCGGAAGACAAUCUAAGACCUGAAGGGACAUUUGAGUCACCAGAAAAGCCAAGAUAUCAGCCAGGUGAAAGACAGACGCCUAUUCGUCAUGACGAUAACCUUCGCCCUGAGGGAGACUUUGAACGACCUGAGAAGACUCCAUUCCGACCAGCCGAACGUCCGAAACAAGUACGUCCAGAAGAUAACUUGAGACCCGAGGGUGCUUUUGAAUCCCCUGAGAAACCGAAGUACCAACCAGGUGAGAGACAGAAGCCCAUCCGUCACGAUGACAAUCUUCGUCCUGAGGGAGACUUCGAGCGUCCUGAGAAGGCUCCGUUCCGACCUGCCGAGCGUCCUAAACAGGUUCGUCCGGAGGAUAACCUGAGGCCUGAAGGAACAUUCGAAUCUCCAGAGAAACCGAAAUAUCAACCCGGUGAGAGACAAAAACCCAUUCGACAUGAUGAUAAUCUUCGUCCUGAGGGAGACUUCGAGCGUCCUGAGAAGACUCCAUUCCGACCAGCCGAACGGCCGAAACAAGUACGUCCUGAAGACAAUUUAAGACCGGAAGGGACAUUUGAGUCACCCGAGAAACCCAGAUAUCAACCCGGCGAAAGACAGAAGCCCAUCCGUCAUGAUGAUAACCUUCGUCCUGAGGGAGACUUCGAGCGUCCUGAGAAGGCUCCGUUCCGACCUGCCGAACGUCCGAAACAGGUUCGCCCAGAAGAUAAUCUGAGACCUGAGGGUGCUUUUGAGUCUCCUGAGAAGCCUAAAUACCAACCCGGAGAGAGACAGAAGCCCAUCCGCCAUGGUGAUAAUCUUCGUCCUGAAGGAGACUUUGAACGUCCUGAGAAGACUCCGUUCCAACCUGCCGAGCGUCCGAAGCAAGUUCGUCCUGAAGAUAACUUGAGACCUGAAGGGACAUUUGAGUCACCGGAGAAACCGCGGUAUCAGCCAGGUGAAAGACCGAAACCUGUUCGCCAUGAUGAUAAUCUUCGCCCUGAGGGAGAAUUCGAACGACCUGAAAAGGCUCCAUUCCAGCCUGCUGAACGUCCGAAACAAGUUCGCCCAGAGGAUAAUCUGAGACCAGAAGGAACGUUCGAAUCUCCCGAUAAACCGAAGUAUCAACCCGGAGAGAGACAGAAACCCAUUCGUCAUGAUGAUAACCUUCGGCCUGAGGGAGACUUCGAGCGUCCUGAGAAGACUCAGUUCCGACCAGCUGAGCGUCCCAAGCAGGUUCGUCCAGAAGACAAUUUGAGACCGGAAGGAUCGUUUGAAACGCCUGAGAAGCCUCAAUUCCGACCAGCGGAGAGGCCAAAGCAGGUCCGUCCGCAAGAUAAUUUGCGCCCGGAAGGUGAAUUUGAGCGACCACAACCUGUCGUUGUUGGAAAGGUAGACAGGUCGCAAAUUGUGAGACAUGAGGAUAAUUUGCAUUUGGAAGGUGUAUUUGAGCGAACUGAAAAGACUGUUUAUAUUGCCGGAGAACGCCCGAAACCAAUAAAACACAAUGACAAUCUUAAGCCAGAGGGUGCAUUUGUUACUCCAGAAAAGCCGCAAUACACACCAGCAGAACGGCCGAAACAAAUCAAACCUCAAGUCAACCUUAAGCCUGAAGGUGAUUUCGAGCGACCUAAACAGCCUACAGUAGUUGGAAAAGUGGAUCGAGCACAAAUCGUGCGACAUGAAGAUAAUUUGCAUAUGGAAGGCACUUUCGAAAGAACUGAAAAGCACGUUUACAUAGCCGGUGAGCGACCUAAACCAGUAAGGCACGAUGAUAACCUCAAACCUGAAGGUGAAUUCACCACACCGGAGAAAACGCAUUAUCAGCCAGCUGAGAGGCCAAAACAGGUUCGACCGGAGGACAAUUUGAAACCUGAAGGUGCUUUCGAGCGUCCAGAAAAACCUGGGUUUAAACCUGCUGAAAGACCGAAACAAGUGCGACCUCAAGAUAAUUUGCGACCCGAAGGUGAAUUUGAGCGUCCACAGCCAGUGUCGAUCGGAAAGGUUGAACGAUCUCAAAUUGUUCGCCAUGAAGACAAUUUACAUUUGGAAGGAACAUUCGAACGUACAGAAAAGACAGUGUAUAUCGCUGGAGAGCGGCCGAAACCAAUCAAACCUGAUGAUAAUCUUAGACCUGAAGGAGAUUUCGUCACGCCUGAAAAGCCUCAAUUCCGUCCUGCAGAACGGCCCAAGCAGGUAAUCCCCAAAGAUAAUCUGAAACCUGAGGGAACAUUUGAGUCGCCCGAAAAGCCGAAAUACCAACCAGGUGAAAGACAAAAACCCAUUCGUCAUGAUGACAAUCUCCGUCCCGAAGGAGACUUUGAACGCCCUGAAAAGGCACCAUUCCAACCAGCUGUACGUCCCAAACAAGUUCGUCCAGAGGAUAAUCUAAGACCGGAAGGUACGUUUGAGUCACCUGUAAAGCCACAAUACACACCGGGUGAGAGACAGAAGCCCAUUCGUCACGGUGAUAACCUCAAACCUGAAGGAGAUUUCGAAAGACCAGAGAAGACUCCAUUCCGACCAGCUGAACGACCGAAACAGGUACGCCCGGAAGACAAUCUCAGACCGGAAGGAACAUUCGAAUCACCUGAGAAGCCCAAAUAUCAGCCAGGCGAGAGACAGAAACCUAUCCGUCAUGGUGAUAACCUCAGACCUGAAGGAGAUUUCGAACGGCCUGAAAAAGCUCCAUUCCAACCUGCAGAGCGCCCAAAACAGGUACGCCCUGAGGACAAUCUGAGACCAGAAGGAACAUUCGAGUCACCAGAGAAACCAAAAUAUCAACCUGGUGAGAGACAAAAGCCUAUUCGACAUGGUGAUAACCUUAAACCAGAAGGAGAUUUUGAACGUCCUGAGAAGUCUCCAUUCAGACCUGCUGAGCGUCCGAAACAAGUUCGGCCGGAGGACAAUCUGAAACCAGAAGGAGCCUUUGAAACUCCAGAUAAGCCGAAAUACCAACCAGGCGAAAGACAAAAACCUAUUCGCCACGGAGAUAACCUCCGUCCCGAAGGGGAUUUCGAGCGUCCUGAAAAAGGUCAGUUCAAACCUGCUGAGCGACCUAAACAGGUCCGUCCGGAGGAUAAUUUGCGCCCCGAAGGCUCGUUUGAAACGCCUGAAAAACCCAAGUAUCAGCCAGGAGAACGACAGAAACCAAUCCGCCAUGGUGAUAAUUUGCGUCCAGAAGGAAAGUUUGAACGUCCUGAAAAAGGUCAAUUCAAACCUGCUGAACGUCCCAAGCAGAUCCGUCCUGAGGAUAACUUAAGACCGGAAGGUUCAUUCCAAGUACCAGAAAAGCCGAAAUAUCAUCCAGGUGAAAGACAAAAGCCCAUACGCCACGGGGAUAACCUAAGGCCGGAAGGAGAAUUCGAGAGACCCGUUGAAAAACCUGGUUAUCAACCAGUUGAAAGACCUAAACAAGUGAAACCUCAUGACAAUCUGCACAUAGAGGGCGAGUUCCAUUCGUUGAAGCAAUACAAAGAACAGAAGCAACGUAAGGAAGCUGAGAUAAAGGAAGUGCACGAGAAUGGCAUUUUGGACGGAGCAGUAAUGGUAACCACCCAAACGGUAACCACGAUCCUCAAAGGUGACAAACCGAAAGCAGCAGGAAAGAAAGUAACAACUUCGGAAACUGAAGAUCACACGAGUCUAUCUCACGCAACGGAGCGACAUCUUAAGCAAGUCACAUCAUCUACAUCACAAUCACAUCAAGAUGAAGUAAACCAAAGACGAGUGGAUCAGAACAUCAUAGAUUCGAGAACAAUUCAAAAUGUCGAUGAUCGAACAACAUCUAGAGACAUCCAAGAUCGAAUGCAUCCAGAAGUGGCACACACAUCAUUGGCCACAGAAACUACUACUUCAGCGCGAACUCAAUCAAUGAAAAACAUAAUCCAGGGAACGGACAUUCAACAACAUCACGCAACCAGCAAAACCUCCAGAUCAACUGCAAAUCAGCAGAUCAUGCAAUCCACCGAUGGAAUGGUUGGAGGUCCUCAUGGGCACAGACCACAUGAACCACAUGUGAUGGAGCAAACUAUGAACACUGUGGUGCAGGGAUCUGAUGUUCAGCAUCGUGAUGUUUCCUCGCAACAUAUGACUACAAGUAAAACAUCGAAAAUGUCUACUCACUCAAAGUCAUCCACAAGUCAGCAGGUUAUCCAUUCUACGGAUGGAAAAAUUCACGAAACACAUUAUCCCCAUGGAUCGCAUGGACAGCCUGAUUCAAUGAGAACUGUAAUGACUGACUCGGACAUCCAGCAGGGUGACGUCUCUUCCAAGCAUCACACGUCUAGCAAGACUUCGAGGACAACAGGCCAUACAACAUCGUCAACGAGUCAACAUAUUGUCCAUUCAUCGGAUGGCCCGGAAACUCAUGCGCCACAUGUUACAUCCCAUGAACACCACUCGGGAUCAAGUGUUUCCUCCGCAAGUCAGCGUGUAGUUAUCGACGGAAACGUGGUCACGGACAAGGCGGUCACCCACAAGGCAGGACUGGAGAAAAUGGUCGAGGACGGAGUGGUAAAGGUCGAUAAAUCUUUUAGUGAGAAACGAUCGGCUGGAUUCGAUGGACAAGUAGCGUUGCAGGGUCAUGAGUCGACCAGAACGAUUACCGGUAAAGGACGGACAACGAACAACAUUAUUCACGGAACUAACGGUGUUGACAAGGGUGGAAAAACUGUUGACAACGGUACUACUCAGGUGCAAGUGAAAAAGUUGGUUGGAGGCAAAUGGGUUACGAGAACGGUUACAGAAAAGGUUUCCGAUGCACAUGACGUUCAAUCAGACAAACAAAUGCGCAGCACCGCCUCCAAGCAGGAACAUUCCGUUAUUCAAACUUCCUCUAGUAGUAGCAUAAGUCAGCAUUCCAGUACUAGUCAGAGUACGAAGCUAGUAGGUGGCAAACUAGUGCAUGUUAAAGAUUCCUCUGACGCUAAAAUUGAUAAUGUACAGCAGAAGUCUGGACGCACUCAGCAACGUGGUAGUUCUAGUAUCGUCCUUGGAGAAGAUACGUCUAGCAGUGGCAAGCAAACAUUGACGUCCAAGAUAAUAGGUGGAAAAUUAGUACAUGUCUGCUCACACGACGACAGGGGUUCCAAUGUAGUUUCGACAGUCAAUGGAGCUCAUAGCAAGUCUGUUAACAACAUUACUCAUUCCGAAUCAACAUCUAUGACGAAGUCAUCAAAAACCGAAAGUAGCGAAUCGAAGCGAACGGACUCGAAGACAUCUUCACAGAUCGUGUCGCACGACUCCAAUGCUGCAUCCGACAAGCAUUUCAACCGCAAGAGUACGUUUUCGUCAGAAAAUGCUGGCAAUUCUAUUCUAUGUCGACAACAGCAGACCAAUGUGCAGCCAUCCAAUACUAGCAGCAUGAGCGUUUCCGGAUCAAUUCAGAGGAAGAGCAUUUCCAAUCUGAACGACAGUGCAAUGUAUUCAACAACAAACCGUACCAGUUACAGCUCUCUGCAUCGUCGCGAGAAGGAAUCUGCCGACUCGCGAAUGCAGAACUAUUUGAAAACGUUGGAAUCUGGAACGAUCACUACCCGUACCAAGCUGCAGCCUUGUCCUCCGCCAACGCUGAACACCUCAACCAACGUCACAACCACUAGCGGUGCCAUCGGACAACAUUCCAGCAGCACGCAACAAACCAAAGUGUUGCGUGACUACCACGCAGCUCUGAACACGACAAGAAGCUCGACAAAGUCCAACGCGUCCAGCAUUUCGUUCGGCGAUGACAAUAAGUUCCACGGCACCAGUUCGUACAAGAUGCAGUACGUGCAACAGAAUGACGGCCGCUGCCCCGCCCAUGCCAUCAACGAUAAUCUCAAGAUUUCGAAAGUAACCAAGCAGCACACCUACUACAUGCACGACAGACGAUGAUCGCAAUGACUGUCCCUGUGGAAGAAGUAUAUUAGCUAUCGCAGUAAUAGCAGCUUGUUGAUGCUUGUUUUAUGCAAUAAAAGUGAAUGAAUAUGACAAAAAGAAGCUUCUUUGCUAUAUUUUUUUUUAUUUGUUACACUAAUAUUAUUCAUAUCUACUUUAUAGCCUUGCUUGAAAUGCAAUAAAAAUGAACGAAUUGUACAACA